AUGACUCGACAUCCUUCACAGCGAUGGGGGAUAUUUUGCUCCACACACAGCUUCUCCUCCGUACCUUGGUCAUUUAGUAUAAUUUUAAUUAUUUUUACUAUAUAUAUUUGUAAUUUUGGUAUAAUGAACUCAUUGUUUGUAGCUUUAUUUGCUGUCGCAACCGUUUCAGCGUCACCUUUCGUUUUUGACGACCACCUCGUGAAAGACGGAAGUCCCAAGCUCUCAGUGUUUCACCACGUCUCAAGUUCCAGUGGAAGUGGGUCACUUGCUUCAAAGCUGCGAUUCCUUCACCUGGUUCCGGCUGCUGACCACCUCUCAGCCUUUUCGGAGGGCCUAGCAUCCGCCCACUUCUCAGGAUCACCUAAGGUCCACCCGCCCCUCAAACCCGAUUCAGAUGAAAAACUUGUCGAGCUGUUGGGACUUUCCGACUGCUCCAAGUUCCAUGCAGCUGUAGUUAGCUUUUUCAGCUCAGCUUCAUCAUCUGUUUUCACCAAGUUCCUUUCAUGGGAGAAAGACAAGGGGGCCUCCUCACUUUCAUCACUAAGUGAGCUGGUCGACUUCGUCCACGUGCACGUUGAUUUAGCUCUGAAGUCCGUUUUCUCUGAUCUGGUAAGGAAGGGGUUGUCUGCACACGUCUUCACUCAUGCUCUUCAUUCCAAGUUGUCAUAA